UUAUUUUAUAAGAAUGAGCAAGGAUCAAAAAAUUAUGGAACACGAAGGGACUAAAUAUUAUAAAGAGGGACGUCGUUGGUAUCGUUUGGUUCAAAUUGAGGAAGAUUCAGUGCCUGCUGACAUUAAGAAUAAGACUACAAAAAUAAGCUUUCCACAAGAAACUCAACUGGAUAUAUUAAAAUGUUUAAAUUUCAAUCAAUUAGUAUCUUUUCAACAGUCAAGUUUUUAUUUUAAAAAUUUCAUCGACAAGUAUGGGAAAGAAUUGGCAAAGAAGAAAUUUGCUAAGCUUAAAUUUCGUCCUGUUUAUGACGUUAAAUGGGAAAAGAAUAAAUCUGUUAAAGUAGAACGCAAACUUAAAUUUGUUGAAAUAGAACCUCAUAAUUAUAAUUUUGAAUUGAGUAAACAGCUUAAAGAAAAGUGGAAACAAGGGAUAGACGAGUCAAUUCCAAUGUUUUUAACAAUGGCUAUUUAUAAAGACAUAGACAUUGUUGUUUGUGAAUUGCAACAAAACUAUAAUGACUUUUACUAUUUACAAUUACCAAAGUUUCCAAAAAAUAUGAAGGAAAUGGCAAUUGCUCGCUUUGUAUUCCAACUACUUUUUAACUGUGCUUUCGAAUAUUUUGAAAUUUUUUGUAUUCUAAUUAAUCCACAAAUUAUUGAAGUAUUGUUUGAUAAAACAAAUAAUAUACCUUUACAAAUACAUUCUCAAAAUGCAAUGAUGUUUGAUCAUUUUUUAAACUUUACUGGGAAUUAUUUGUAUACUAAUAAAUUAACUGUACGUGCUUGUGUCUAUCAAGAGAGAGAUAAUAUGGACUUUUAUUUGAAACUUUUGACAGAAGAAGAAAAUAAAUUUUCAAAUAUUACUUAUGAUUGUGUUGCCGGUAAACUUUACAAUCUUAUUAUAAAGCAUAUAGAAACGGCACAAGAUGUUACUAAAAUGGUGAAACAAAUUAAAUUUAAAUAUAUGUGUGAACCUCGAAUUCCAAGUGAAACAGAAAAAAAUAUCAGAAUUGAUGAGGCUAGUAAAACUACAAAAUUUCAACUUUCAAAUAAACACAAUCCAAAAAUUAAAUUUUCUGUAACAAUUAAAGAACCUGAAGAGAACGAAUUUAAUGUGAAAGAUCUUGGGGAUGAUAAUUACUCGGUAGCAUUUAAGGCUGUAAUUAAGAGAAUUAAUUGA